GCAGUGGGCUCAACACUGUAGGAACCUGAUGGUUGACGGUCUUGUAGUCUGAGACAUAACAAUGCAGUCAAACAGAUCUUAUCCCACCUAUAGGUCUGACAUUGGAUUCACCACCAAUUUCAGAUAUGAAGAAAACAAGGUGCCGAAAAUAGCACAGAAAAGACUAAAUCCGAAAAGACGUAAAAAAGAAAAAGAAAAAGCACGCUUGAAAAAACUGAAACAAUAUUCCAGUUUUGUGAGAGGUGAUGGUUCUAGUAUGGCAUCUAAUGUUGGAAAUUUAGAUCCAAGGAAUUAUUUGGAAGAGGCGAAUACCCAAGAGACCAGCCACAAGUUAGCCAGUGACUUAAGUGGAACACAAUCACUGUCAGGUGCUGUUUUUUCUACAGAAAUUGAGAAGGAAUUACAGAAAAAUGCAUCACCAGAUGAUUUGCAUAAGGCAGCUAUGAUUGUUCAUGAACUAGCAGAUAAUAGCUCUAGAAUGAAUGUGGACGAUUUGAAAAGGAAUGUGAACAUUCCACCUAUUUCUCUUGGGUUUGAGGACAAAGAGAAUUUUAUUAAGUUUUUAAAAAGCUUUGAUCGUAUAUUUAAUGUACAGGAAUCACAAAACCCAACAAAAUCUGAGGAUGUUCUGCUAGUAGAAAAUGUGGGCAUUUGUCUACCUUAUACUAGUGGUCAAUGUGAGGGAAACUGUAAUGAUCUCCAUGUCUGCAAAUUUUAUGCUUUAAGUGCAUGUGAAAUCUGGAAUUGUAAAUUUGGCCAUGGUUAUGAUUCUCCUCAUAACCAGAGAGUAUUGACAGCACACUUAAUGCAGUAUUUGCAACCUGCUCAAGUGAAUUCCCUGCUGAGGGCCAUGUCAAACAGACGAGGAGUAACUGUCCCUGGUAUAUGCAGAUUUUACAAUAAAAUUGUAGGAUGUAGAAAUGCUGAAGCAUGUCCAUAUCUACAUGUAUGCCUGCAAGUAGCUGAGACCUGCAGAUACUAUCCAUUUUGUAAAUUUUCACACAACUUGUUAGACAGGCAGCCAAGAAUGAUAUUGCAGAAGUAUGGCAUCAAUAUGAGCCAAGUCAGGAAGGAAGAAGUUUUUGAUUUGCUUUUGCGUUCAUCUUUUGUGGAUACUCAGCAUUCAAACCCGACCAAAGUGAGAAAAGAUACAACAACUGAAGUUUCAGAACACCCUAGAUGUAUAGAUCUACCUAAAGCAAACCUUCCAAUAUUUUCUUGGAGGUCCAAAGAUGAUGGUAUAACUCCAGAAAACUGGAAUGAGUUUACAAAAGAGGAAGAUGAGAUAAUUCAACAAAAUUUCAAGAAAUAUAAAGCAGCAUAUGAAAACUUUUUGAAAUGCAAAGAAUUUUCUUUUUCUUUUGGAAAUAAACAAUUGAUGAUAGAUUUCUUUAAGAUGGAGGGCACUGUUGAAUGUGGUUCUACCAGGAAAGAGAUCACGCUAAACAAGACAGUCUUACCAGAUUUAGAAGAAGGCACAAAAGAAACGCCAAAAGAAAGUGAAUAGGGCUUUGUAUUUUGAGUUGUUGUAAAAUUAGACAUUAAUUUUAAAACAACACAUUGCAGAAAGUGUAUCAAUUCAAUAAUAAAAUAUAUAAAAACCAA